GACACGUCCCCCUCGAGACGGUGAGGUCCCUGGGGUUGAUUACAACUUUAUGUCCAUAGAGGACUUCCUAAAUCUUGAGCAGUGUGGAACACUACUGGAAAUAGGAACGUAUGAAGGUAACUAUUAUGGGACCCCCAAGCCGCCGAGGCAGCCCGUGGUUGGGACAGUGAUUUUCAGUGAUGCUGUGCUCCUCAACGGCCCCCCAGGCUCCCAGCAGUCAACUCCCAAGCACACCAAGUCCUACAAUGACAUGCAAAACGCCCGAGUAGUGCCUGCUGACUACGAGGAUGACGACCAGGCCACGGAAAUGAACAACAGUUUUACAGGUAACUCUAGCGACCAGGACGAGAGCCGCGGCGGUGUACUUCGGCCAUAUCCCGCGCGCGAGAAUGCUCCGUCCUAUGGUCUGAACAACGUGGCCGCCUCCACCUCGGACAACGGGCAGCAGACACAUGCCCAACCCCAGGCCUCUCCUGAAGACCCCCUGGGACCCCUGCCAGACAACUGGGAGAUGGCCUACACAGAGAAUGGAGAAGUCUACUUCAUAGACCACAACACAAAGACCACAUCGUGGAUCGACCCCCGGUGUCUUGAGAAACCUCUGAAACCUCUGGAAGAGUGUGAGGAUGAUGAAGGGGUACAUACUGAGGAACCAGACAAUGAACUAGAGCUGCCUGCAGGAUGGGAGAAGAUAGAUGACCCAGUGUAUGGGGUGUACUACGUAGAUCACAUCAACAGGAAGACCCAGUAUGAGAACCCCAUAGUGGAGGCUAGGCGCAGGAUGCAGCUGGAGCAGCAGCAGCCGCAGCCUCCUGAAGAGUGGAUAGAGGAGCACUCCUCAGCUGGUGCUCCCCUGGCCAACUAUGCCAAUAACCACCUAGAGACGUACCGCGACCCGCAGGUCCCGCCCCCGCUGCCCCCUGCUCCGGGAGGGGCCAAACGAGGGAAGCCAUUCUUCACACGGAACCCAGCAGAGCUGAAGGGAACUUUCAUCAACACCAAACUGAAGAAGAGCCGCCGCGGAUUCGGCUUCACCGUAGUUGGGGGCGAUGAGCCGGAUGAGUUCCUGCAGAUCAAGAGUUUAGUCCUGGAUGGUCCUGCUGCUGUGGAUGGGAAGAUGGAGACAGGUGACGUGAUAGUGAGUGUGAACGACACCAUCGUUCUGGGCUACACCCACGCCCAGGUGGUGAAGAUUUUCCAGUCCAUCCCGAUCGGCUCCAUGGUGGACCUGGCCCUGUGCCGUGGCUACCCCCUGCCAUUUGACCCUGACGACCCCAACACCAGCCUGGUGACCUCCGUGGCCAUCCUGGACAAGGAGCCCAUCAUCGUCAAUGGCCAGGAGAGCUACGACUCUCCGUCCAGCCACGGCAGUCAGACCGGAGGGCCUGUUAACGGGAUGAGGGAGCCGCGGGCCCACAGUCCCUCGGCAGAGGUGGUGUCCAACGGCUCUCACGGCUACUCCUCCAGCGACGUGGUCACCCUGGCAUCAUCCAUCGCUGGGCAGCCAGAGCUGAUCACAGUGCACAUGGAGAAAGGCGAUAAGGGCUUUGGGUUCACCAUUGCUGACAGCCUGACGGGAGGGGGUCAGAGGGUGAAGCAGAUCGUGGAUUACCCCCGCUGCAGGGGCCUGAAGGAGUCAGACAUUCUGAUGGAGGUGAACAAGAGGAAUGUCCAGAACAUGAGCCACAAUCAGGUGGUGGACCUGCUCAGCAAGUGUCCCAGAGGGAGCGAGGUCACCAUGCUGGUGCAGAGAGGAGUGGUGGCGGCCAAGAGGAGCCCCAAGCUGGUGCAGCAGCUGGAGAGGAAGGACAGUCAGAGCAGCUCCCAGCACAGUGUGUGCAGCCAUCGCAGCACCCACACAGACUCCCCCAGCCACCCCCCCUCCAACAUGCCCAGUGAGGCCAUGGCACCCCCUCCGGCCGCACCCACUCAGCCGCUACCUGGCUUGCCUCCGCUGCCCACCCAGGACCCUGGAGAUGGCACCAUGACCCUCCAGAAGAAGCCAGACCCCUUCAAGAUCUGGGCCCAGUCCAGGAGCAUGUAUGAGAGCAGACAGCCAGAUUUCCAGGAGCAGGAGAUUUUCCUGUGGCGGAAGGAUACAGGAUUUGGGUUCCGCAUCCUUGGAGGAAAUGAGCCUGGGGAGCCAAUCUACAUUGGACACAUAGUGAAGUACGGUGCAGCAGAUGAGGACGGACGCCUGCGUUCUGGGGACGAGCUCAUCUGUGUGGACGGCACAGCGGUGGUGGGGAAGUCUCACCAGCUGGUGGUGCAGCUGAUGCAGCAGGCCGCCAAGCAGGGCCACGUCAACCUCACCGUCCGACGCAAGAGCUCUGGAUACGGAGUUUCGAAAGGGGAGGGUGACGUGCCCCCGUCCCCUGCCUCGUCCCACCACAGCAGCACCCAGGCCCCCUCCCUGACGGAGGGCAAGCGAACCCCCCAGGGCAGCCAGAACUCCCUCAACACGGUCAGUUCUGGCAGUGGCUCCACCAGUGGCAUCGGCAGUGGGGGAGGAGGUGGCUCCGGCAGUGCUGUGGUCACCGCAGCCCUGCAGCCCUAUGACGUGGAGAUCCAACGUGGAGAGAAUGAGGGCUUCGGAUUCGUCAUUGUGUCAUCUGUCUCUAGGCCUGAUGCUGGGACUACGUUCGCUGGCAAUGCAUGUGUGGCCAUGCCCCACAAAAUAGGGCGCAUCAUCGAGGGGAGCCCUGCGGACCGCUGUGGGAAGCUGAAGGUGGGCGACCGCAUCUUGUCCGUCAACGGCUGCUCCAUUACCAACAAGUCCCACUCGGACAUCGUCAACCUGAUCAAGGAGGCCGGGAACACAGUCUCUCUGAGGAUCAUUCCUGGUGAUGAGUCCUCCAACGCGUCUCUGUUGACCAACGCUGAGAAGAUUGCCACCAUCACCACCACGCACACACCCCAAACUGCCACGGAGCCUCGGAACAACUCAAAGUCGAAACAGGCUCCUCCUCCACCUCCUCCAACACAAGCUCAGCCCUCACAGGAUGCCGAGUUCUACUCUGUGGAUCUGGAGCGGGACAGUAAAGGCUUUGGGUUCAGCCUGAGAGGAGGACGGGAGUACAACAUGGACCUAUAUGUGUUGAGGCUGGCUGAGGACGGGGCGGCUGGCAGGAAUGGCAAGAUGAGGGUGGGAGAUGAGAUCCUGGAGAUCAAUGGCGAGAGCACAAAGAACAUGAAGCACGCACGGGCCAUCGAGCUGAUCAAGAAUGGUGGCCGGAGGGCACACCUGGUCCUCAAGAGGGGCGAUGGAUCUGUACCUGAAUAUGACUCCAGCCAUGACGGGCACUCUCCCACACCCGGGGCACAAAACUCUCCGGAAGUGAGAACCCUGCCACCAAACAGCCGAUAUCACACCCCAUCGGAGUCAAGUUAUCCACAAGACCUUCACAAACCAUCACGCCACAAGGAUGCUGCGCAGGGCCGAGACAGGGACAGGAUGGAGCACCAGGUCCGGCACUUUAACCCCCACCACCAUCACACCUGGAACAACAACCACAGCCAUGCCACCCCCAGCCAACACUACCCUGAAAACAGCGGCGGCAACAAUAAGAAGAGCCGGGGACGCAAAGUCAACAAGUCAGAGUCAGAGAGCGGCAUCUCAAAACUAUUAAAGACUCUGCGUAAGGACAGCUCUAGGAAGAAGGCUGCAGCUGCAGCGGCAGCUACAGAGCGGGAGCUCUCCGCUAGUAGCAGUACUCUAGACCCGAGGUACAGUCGACCACGCCGCGGCUCCCUCGACCGUUCGCCCACCCGUAAACAUAAAGCCUCCCCUGACCGAUGGCGGUCCAAGUCCAUGGACCGCAGGGUCGAGCGAGCACACCGAGACCGCACACCCGAAAAGGAGAACGAGGACGGAGGUUUCCUCAGUCAUGCGGCUACUCCUGAACAACCACUCUACGACCGCAGGCUCCUGAGGGAACCACAGACCCCGGGCCGAGCCUACUUACAGGCCACCACCCCAGAGCGCCUGAACAAAAGGGCUUCCUCCCUGUCUCUUUCCAGGGGGUGGACUCCUGACAGAGGCAGCUUGAAGAACGGCAACCUCCUGAGGGACUCGCCGGUUGAGACGAGGGAGGAUAGGUAUGGGAUGAACGGAACGCCAGAGAGACGGUACAGGUCAGAGAGAGAUUCGUCUCCAGACAGCAGCUAUAGCAGGGAGGAGCUGAACUACUGCAGUACACUGAAGAACAAUGCCUCCACUCACAACCACACAGGCUACAAUGCAGCAGGACACUGCAACAACAACACAGCAGGACACAACAACACAGCAGGACACAACACAGCAGGACACAACAAAGCAGCAGGACACAACAACGGAGUAGGUCGCGCCCAGAACCAGUUCCCCGUGCCUAUGAGAAGGCUUUACAAAGAGAGCCCCAAGGACCUCAGCAUCUGAGUGGACAGAGCCUGGACCUUGGCCUCUCACCCCUCAACCUGUGUAGGCCACAGUACAUACACUGGACUUGGACUUCUGAGGAGAUUAACUCGUGAUUUAUCCAAUCGCCUGGUUGUUGAUUCAUUGAUUUGACUACUUGUGAUCCGGGACAGAGAUUCAUACCACAGCAGGAGUACAAUUUUUUUGUUUGUACUGUAUGUUUUGCUUCUGUUCACAUUAUUUUGAGCAUUACAGCAGUUGUUAAUACUGUAGUGAAGGUAUGUGUAUGUGCCUAUCACAUCACAAAUGGCGAUUUAGCUUUUUUUGGGCAUCUCUGUUUGGAACCUCAGAGGGAACACAUACAGUCGCUAGCCUGUUAGGGCAAGGUGAGACGUCUGCGUCUCACAUAGCCUACAGGAAAUGGAAAUGCGCAACGCCAAAUGCUAAUAGUACUCGCUAAAACUCAAACUUUCAU